GGCGGUGCCGGGGCGGCCACGGAGCCAUGGACGGCAGCGGGCCCUUCAACUGCCCCAUCUGCCUGGAGCCGCUGCGGGAGCCGGUGACGCUGCCCUGCGGCCACAACUUCUGCCUCGCCUGCCUGGGCGCGCUCUGGCCGCACCGCGGCGCGGGUGGAGCCGGCGCAUCCGGAGGCGCCGCCCGCUGUCCGCUGUGCCAGGAGCCCUUUCCCGACGGCCUGCAGCUCCGCAAGAACCACACGCUGUCCGAACUGCUGCAGCUCCGUCAGGGCUCGGGCCUCGGGCCCGGGCCCGGGCCUGGCCCCGGCCCGGCCUCGGCCCCGGCCCCGGCCCCGGCCGCGUCCCCCGAGCCCGGGGCGCCCAGCGCGCCGCCGAGUGCCCCGGAGCCGUCGGCUCCCUGCGCGCCCGAGCAGUGGCCGGCGGGCGAAGAGCCGGUGCGCUGCGACGCGUGCCCCGAGGGCGCCGCCCUGCCCGCCGCGCUCUCCUGCCUCUCCUGCCUCGCCUCCUUCUGCCCCGCACACCUGGGGCCGCACGAACGCAGCCCCGCGUUACGCGGUCACCGCCUGGUGCCGCCGCUGCGCCGGCUGGAGGAGAGCCUGUGCCCACGCCACCUGCGGCCGCUCGAGCGCUACUGCCGCGCGGAGCGCGUGUGCCUGUGCGAGGCCUGCGCCGCCCAGGAGCACCGAGGCCACGAGCUCGUGGCGCUGGAGCAGGAGCGCGCGCUCCAGGAGACCGAGCAGCCCAAAGUGCUGAGCGCCGUGGAGGAUCGCAUGGACGAGCUGGGCGCCAGCAUCGCACAGUCCCGGCGGACCGUGGCCCUCAUCAAGAGCGCCGCCCUGGCAGAGCGAGAGAGGGUGAACCGGCUGUUUGCAGAGGCUGCAGCGGCCCUGCAGGGCUUCCAGACCCAAGUGCUGGGCUUCAUCGAGGAGGGGGAGGCCACCAUGCUGGGCCGCUCCCAGGGAGACCUUCGGCGGCAGGAGGAGCAGCGCAGCAGGCUCAGCCAGGCCCGGCACAACCUCAGUCAGGUCCACGAGGCGGACUCCGUCAGCUUCCUGCAGGAGCUCCUGGCCCUGAGGCUGGCCCUGGAGGAGGGGUGCGGCCCGGGGCCCAGCCCCCCGAGGGAGCUCAGCUUCACCAAGUCAUCCCAAGCUGUGAAGGCGGUGAGAGACGGGCUGACCACGGCCUGCACCAGCCAGUGGGAGCAGCUGCGGGGGCUGAGCCGGGAUGAGGACGGGCUGCAGAAGCUCGACGAGGAAGCUGAUGCUGAGUCCCAGGACCCAGAUAGCACCGGUCCCCUGGAGAGCGAGGUGCCCAGGGAUUACUUCCUCAAGUUCGCCUACAUCGUGGACCUGGACAGUGACACAGCAGACAAGUUCCUGCAGCUGUUUGGAACCAAGGGUGUGAAGAGGGUGCUGUGUCCCAUCAACUACCCCGAGUCGCCCACCCGCUUUACCCACUGCGAGCAGGUGCUGGGCGAGGGCGCCCUGGACCGGGGCACCUACUACUGGGAGGUGGAGAUCAUCGAGGGCUGGGUCAGCGUGGGGGUCAUGGCUGAGGACUUCCCCCCACAAGAGCCCUACGACCGGGGCCGCCUCGGCCGCAACGGCCACUCCUGCUGCCUGCAGUGGAACGGGCGCAGCUUCUCCGUCUGGUUCAACGGGCUGGAGGCGCCCCUGCCUCACCCCUUCUCGCCCACGGUCGGCGUCUGCCUGGAAUAUGCUGACAGGGCCCUCGCCUUCUAUGCCGUGCGGGACGGCAAGGUGAGCCUCCUGCGGCGGCUGAAGGCCACCCGGGCCCGCCGGAGUGGCCCCCCGGCCUCCCCCAGUGACCUCUUCCAGAGCCACGUGGACCACUUCUUUGCGGGACUCUUCAGGACCAGGCUGAAGCCCGCCUUCUUCCUGGAGAGUGUGGAUGCCCACCUGCAGAUUGGGCCCCUCAAGAAGUCCUGCAUAUCGGUGCUGAAGAGGAGGUGACCCAGGGGGCCCGGGCUGCCCGCAGCUGUCCUAGCUCCCGGUUCGCCCGUGUCUCUGUGCCCCCAGCUUGCCCCAUGGAAGGCGCCAGCCUUGGAGUCCCACACAUCCCUAGCACUCCCAUUUCUAGAGGCUGCCACCUUCCACGCACGUGGCCUUGCACCUCUCGGGGAGGAGGCUCCCAGACCCUUUCAAGUGUCUUUCAGAUCCUUCUCCCAUGCAGGCCUUGUUUCCAGGAGAGAGCCUCGCUGGGACAGAUGCAGUCUACCCCAGCCCCUCCUCUUCCA